UGGUCCAUCUCAGUUAAACGACGAACUGCGAUGAGGAAACAAGGUAUGCUGCUUGACCACGCUGUCAACAAGUACUUGUUUUUAAAAGCAGACAGUUUAAGUGUCUACCCACCUUUGUAUCUAUAGUCAUCUAAUUAAUUGUUUUCUGCUACACAACAAUUAUUUCAUUAAUCCGCUAAUGGUUUCUCCUCUUUAGCCAUCGUCGAUUUACCUUUCAGCUUUUGCCUGGUCAGGUCAUUCACUUCGAGGAAUGAUUGGUUUAUGAAACUUCGGAACUUCGCUUCGUAAAUUAGCAUCGAUAAAGCAGCUUGGUAAUUUAUGAAACACCAAUGAAGGUGAUUUUGGAGAAAAGAAAAAUAAGUUUCUGACCCACUCUAAAUGAACGUACGAAGGAGUUCACUAGAUCAAUUCUUCUUCUGUCUGAUUUUGGAUAAAAAGGCUUUCUCUGAAAGCAGGUCUCCAUCUGAACGCAUUUGAUCGUCUGCUCAAAAGGAGAGUGAACACCUACACUCGACGUUUCCAUCAACAAGCCAACCAACCCCUAUAACACAGACUAAAAUGGCGUGUGGAGUCAGACAUAAAAAUUCUUUUUAUUACUUUUUAGUUCCUGUUAUACUUGCCUUGGUGCUUCUUUCAUCGACAGUGGUUAGCGGGAGCUUCUGUCAAACACGUUGCACGGGUGGAAGCAGGAAGAGCGAGCUAUGUUUCUACUGUCGAAGAAAUCCGGCUGGUAAAAGAUCAGGAAGCGGAGGUAGUACAAUAAAGGAAGAUGGAACUGUAAAUGAGAGACAAACCAGCUUAAAUUUUGGAUCGGCUUUUGACAACUCAGCAUGUGUUUUGGAUUCAAUCGCCUCACAAUUACCAGCUGUUUGGCAAGAUAGAUUAGUAGAUGUUAUUCGAAGCGCCUUGCAAGAGGAUGACACGUGGUACUAACCAUGCUAUCUUGAUGAUUAUUUAAUGUAGAUAAAAUGAAAUCUAUUGCGGGAUACAAACAAAAGAACAUGAAAUAUGCCAGGAAUUAUCAUUUCAACCAGAUAAAAGUAUGGGAGGAAACACCGGAAGUUGUUGCCUGGAAACGGAUUUUUUGUGCCUGCAGAAUUCUCGAUAAGCGCCUAUCAAAGCAAAGGACUGAUACAAUAGAAAUAUAAGCAUUGGCUCAUUGUAACACUAGCACAAUUUCCUUUCUGCUAUUGUCAGGAUCUUUUUUUCCGAGUUCACAUGAUUGUGCUCUUAGCCAAGGUCAUUGUGCAAUGUUGAACGCUUUUUAAACCAACCUUAAUGAGCAGACAUACACCCAUACCUACAUUAAGCAUGUAUGUAGCAUGCUCAUAGGCACUUUCCAAUAUAAUAUAACAGUAAAAUUCUACUCUCCAAGUGCUUACAAAAUAUAAAAAGGGAUAUUACUGAGAAAACAAAUCGAAUUUGUACUUAUUUUCUUUUAAAUAAAAAGCACUUUUAAUUCUUUAAGCAUCUUUCUAUUCGUCAUACGUGUAUGUACUUUUAUUAUUUAUCAGUUUCCUUGAUUUUGAUUGGCUGAGGGGGCACUGUUACUAUGGUAACUGUCAGAUAAAAAAGGACUCGCCAGAUACAAGGUCCGACAAGUCCUUUCAUGAAACGCUCCCCUAAAGUCCAAAGUCAC